GGAUCUGUAGAACUCUUCUGCACAACGAAUCCAUCUCCUCAUCACUGCAGAUAAUCAAAUUCUACAGCUGACAGACAACAAAUCGCAAACCACCAUGAAUACAUUCGUCAAAGUUUUCGUCGUGCUAGCUGUGACCGUAGCUCUUGCUAAGAGUGAAGAAGCCAAAAAAGAAACCAAAGUGGUCGAGAAACGUUCUGAUAAAUCCGAUCUGACACCAGCGGCAACUGGACGAUUCUUCUCGGGCGGUUACAACAGUUAUCCAACCGGCUACAGCAGCGGAUACAACAGCGGUUACAACAGCGGUUACAACAGCUACCCGUCGUACAACAGCUACAGCGGAGGUUACAACAGUUACCCGUCGUACGGUAGCUACCCAUACAGCGGCGGCUACUCUUCAGGCUACGGAAGCGGCUACAACAGCGGCUACGGCAAGUACCCGAGCAGCGGUUACGGUAACAACUAUUACGGUGGAUACGACCAGGGAUACAACAAAUACCCGUCCGCUUACUCGUACAGCAACAGCUACAACUACCCAGGAUCGUACAGCUCCGGUUACGGUCACAACAGCUACUAUGACAACGAUAACUACGGCUCCCACGGUUACAACGGUUACAACGGUUACAAUAAGGGCUACAGCUCGUACCCACAUUCCACUGGCUACGGUUACAACAAAUGGUAAUGACCAUUUCCGAUCAUUUCUCAAACCGACGACGAUAACUUGAUGGGAUUUUACUCUUUUUUUUUCUUACGAGUUUUUUUUCAUUACGAAAACAAAAUUCUAAGUUCAUUUC